AGGAGAGAGCCUUUCGAUGGAGGCUGCGGUGGUAAGCGCGUCGCACGGCGCCAUGGGCUCCCUGCUCGCGAAGCUUGGCGAUCUUCUCACGGCCAAGUACAACCUGCUCAAGGAAGCUAAGGGAGAGAUCAGGUUCCUUCAGGCAGAGCUCGAGAGCAUGUACGCCUUCCUGAAGAGGAUCUCAGAUGCAGAGGAGCCCGACGAGCAAGACAGGUGCUGGGCCAAGCAGGUACGGGAGCUGUCCUACGACAUUGAGGACAGCGUCAACGAGUUCAUGCUCCGUGUGGAAAGCAAGUCUAGCAGCAAACUGCAUGGAUUCACGGGGUUCGUCAAAAGGAGCAUCAAGUUAUUAACAACCAUGAACACUCGGCAUGGCAUCGCCAAGGAGUUCGAAGGACUCAAGAUCCGUGCCAAGGAGGUGAGCGAGCGGCGAGCGAGGUACAAGGUUGACGAUGAUGCUGCUGUCAAGCCAAAGAACACAGCCAUCGAUCUUCGCUUGCUGGCGCUCCAUGCGGAGACGGCGAGCCUCGUAGGUGUCACGGGACCAAGGGAUCGCCUGAUAAAAUUGAUGGAGGGAGAGGAUGUGCCUGCGCAUCAGCUGAAAGUGCUCUCCAUUGUGGGAUUUGGAGGGCUAGGAAAAACUACACUUGCAAAUGAAAUUUACCGCAAGAUAGGGGAGCAGUUCCAGUGUCGAGCUUUUGUUUCUGUGUCCCGAAAUCCAAGCACCGGGAAGAUUCUGAGAACUAUACUAUCAGAAGUUGGCUUCAGAGCUCCUACCGACAGCAACAUUGAAAUGUGGGAAGAGACUAAACUGAUUAGUGAAUUGCACAAAUUCCUUGUUGACCAAAGGUACUUCAUUGUAAUUGAUGAUGUAUGGCAAGACUGGGCAUGGGAUAUUAUAAAAUGUGCUCUUCCAAAGAACAAGAAUGGUAGCAGAGUAAUAACAACUACACGGAUUGCGACUGUUGCUAGGGCAUGCUGCUCUGAUCACGUUGAUUAUGUUUAUGAGAUGAAGCCACUUAGUGAGCAAGACUCAACAAGGUUAUUCUUGAAAAGAAUAUUUGGUUCAGAGGAUGCUUGCCCUGCAUAUUUGAAAGAAGUGUCAGCCGAAAUUUUGAAAAAAUGUGGCGGUUUGCCCCUUGCAAUUAAUACAAUAUCUAGUCUUCUUGCUAGUCACAAGCAAAACAAUUCAAAGGAGCACUGGGUCUAUGUACGGAACACUUUAAGCGCAAAUUUUGAUGUGAGCCCAAGUUUGGAAGGGAUGAGACAAAUAUUGAACCUUAGCUACAUAAACCUUCCUCAUUAUUUGAAGGCUUGCAUGCUAUAUCUAGCUAUUUAUCCAGAGGAUUACACAAUCCGGAAGAAUGAUUUGGCUAGGCAGUGGGUAGCUGAAGGCUUUAUAAGCAAAGUUCAUGGGAUAGAUCCAGAGGAUAUUGCAAAGGGCUAUUUUAAUGAGCUUAUCAAUAUGAGUAUGAUUCAACCGGCAGACAUAGUCUAUAAUGGCGAUGUGAUGUCUUGCAGGGUCCAUGAUAUGAUGCUUGACCUUAUUCUACAUAAAUCUGCAGAAGAGAAUUUUAUCACAGUGAUAGAUGAUAUGCAACAGUUAACAGGACAGAGAGAUAGGAUCCGUCGACUGUCUAUCAACUUGGAUGGUGCAAGAGAUGAUAGAGAAGCGGGAUCCAUCCAGCUAUCCCAAACACGAACUUUGGCAGUAUUUAGUAGCCCUUCACAAUUCCCCUCAUAUCAGGAGUUCAAGCAUCUACGAGUUUUAACAAUUGAGCAUUUCAAGUAUGACUUGUCAUCACCAUUACUUGACUUAAGUAGAAUAUCUCAUUUGUUUCAAUUGAGAUACUUAUACAUCGGAUCGAAUCAUCCUGUGGUGUUACCUAGUAAAAUUGGGGGACUUCAUCAAUUGGAAACGUUCGAGAUAUAUGCUAAAAUAUAUUCAUCUAAAGGAGAAAUACAUUCGAAACUACCAACAGAUAUUUGUCGUUUGAACCGGUUAAUGCAUCUGAUUGUUUCACCGGAGGUGAUCUUUCCUUCUGGUAUUGGUAACAUGAAAUCCUUGCAAACUCUACGGUCCUUUAGUUUGGAAAACUCAUUAGACAAUUUCAAGGGCCUGAGUGAAUUAACCAAUCUGACAAACCUUGAAAUCGGCACAUGUGACAUGAUUACAUCUAUUGAUGAGAAGACUGCUAGAUAUCGGGAAGCUAUGCGCACUUGCCUUGAAAAGCUUUGCAACCUCAAAUGGCUGGUGUCAUAUGCGCCAUGGAAAGACUCGUGCUUGGAUAUGUCCAAUCUAGUACCUGCAUCUUUCCAUUAUCUCCAAGUAUUUCAUCCAAUUUCUCCUGCCUUCUCAAGGGUUCCUGUGUGGAUCGGUCAACUCCACAAUCUCUGUGACCUGUAUCUUACAGUUAAGGAAGUGUUGGAGGAUGACAUUGGAAUUGUUGCUCAGCUGCUCUCACUUAUUCGCUUUGACUUGUCCAUCAGGGGAAUUCCUAAAGACAAGAUCAUCUUUCGUGGAAAUGGAUUUCCCGUUUUGAAGUAUUUUGAAGUUAGAUGUCGCAGGAUUUGGUACCUAGCCUUCGAGGUCGGGGCGAUGCCCAAGCUUGAAGGGCUCCAGCUAUGUUUCAAUGCUCGAGGGUGGGACAGGUAUGGUGGUGCGGCACCUUCUGGUAUGGAGCAUCUGUUAGGCCUCAAGGAAAUCGUCGCAAAUAUUGGAGAAUAUGGUGCCAACAAAUCCAACAUAAGAGCUGCAGAGUCUGCACUGAGGGACUUGGCUGUCAUGCACCCUGACUUUCCUAAAGUCAACAUCCAAACUCUUGGUAGUAAUGCAUAUUACGAAUUUGACAGCAUGGAUGAGGAGGAGGAGGAGGAGGAGGAGGAGGAGGACAGUGACACGAGUUGCGACAUCACCUCCUGACCAGCAUGUGCAGGUGCUUCUUAGCAGGCAGCCAUGCCAGCACUUUGCUUCUGGUAGCCCACGAUGAGCCAACUCUUCUACACGCGUGGAUGCUUCGUCAUCGACUCCGGUGUAUCUGUGUCUUGUUUUGGCGUAUGUAUUCGUUUCGUGCCGGGGGGGCUUUUUAACUAUUCUUACGGAGAGCCACUAUCCAGAUGCCAUUCUUUCAAAAAAAUUUACACAAACAUCACACGUAAGAGAGACAGUAACUAUAUAAAUUAUCAAUUUUGCAUAUGUGGAUGUACAUGUCAGCUCGUCAACUUGGACCAGUGGAAUGAAAUAACAUUUUUGCCCCUAGGGAAGUGAAUACCGGAGUACAUCGCUCUCUUUCUGGUGCGUUUCCCCCACCCGCCUAGCGCCGCCGCUCCUCCCGCCCACCGCUGCCCCGGCAAGCCCCACCGCUCCAUUAGCCCGGCGUCGCCCCAGCUAGCGCCGCAGGUCCGUCGCCCGGCUAGCACCGCCGCUGCUCCGUCUCCUCCGAGCGCCGCCGCUCCGUGCGCCGGCGGCCCGUGCACCCCCGAUCACAUAUCACAUCGAGCGCCACCGGUCCCGAUCCACGCCAAGCGCCCCCAUGCAUUCAUGCUUUUAACUGAUGUGAACUGAUGUACGAAUUGUUUAUAUUUUGCUGUGAACUAAUGUAUGAAUUGAUGUGUAGCAUGGUAUGGUCAAUAUUAUUAGCUUGUUCUGUUAUGUGUGACCUUGUAUGGCCUACUGGAUGCUCAUAUAUUGAUGUGUGACCUCAUAUGGCCUACUGCAUGCUCAUGUUUGCUGGAUGAUGCUUAUUAUUCAAUUUGUGUACAUGUUUGUUGGCUCUGCACAUAUAUAUGUCUGUAUACUUACUGAAAUUUUACUGAUGAAUAUUGUUUAAGUUUUGUAUAUUAGCUAAAGUAUUAUAUUAUUAGUUGCUAAUGUAUAUUAGCAACUAAGUUUAGUCAGGGUGGUCACACAGUCCCAGCUCAGACCU